CUCGCAGUGAUCGAUACAACAUGACAGAUAUUUUGGCAAAAGAAUGCACAAUGUCACCAUGUACCAUGACCACAGCACAACUGAGUCUCAGCAAUCCCAGUGCUUCCAAUAAUACCACUCCUGUAACCCCACCAUCAGAAGCUCCAAAACUUCAAAAGCCUGAAUCAAACCAUACCUCAAACAAGAAAACAUCAGCAGAAUCAAGAGCGACCACCACAAAGUCAACAUCUACCACAGCCACAGCAAAACCGCAGCAAAAUACUUCCACCUCUACCACUUCUGUGAACUCACCGUCUAAGUCAGCAGAAUCAAGUCUCACGGCACCCAGGGCUUCCAUUUCUACCAGUACUGUGGACGUAUCGUCAGAAGAAGUUUCAAGAAAAACAAACACAAAAUCAUCAUUUACCUUGACCACAGCAGAAUCGAGUCUCAGCAGUUUCAGUGCUUCCACUUCUCCCACUUCUGUCAUCUCACCAUCAGGAAUGUGGACACUGACUGUUGUGCUGGUCGUCGUUGGUUCUGGUGUAACUGUGGGUGCCAUCUUAUUGGUACUGGCAGUUUUCAGAUCUAAAAGAAGAACUGAAGGAUAUUCUCUAAAGAGGACAAGAACCAGCAUCCAAGAUGACUUUGUGUGCAUGACAAAUAUUGACCCUGGAAGAAUGUUACCUGAAGGUGAUGAUGGAGCCUACAGUGUGAUCACUUCAAUACCCGGUGUCAGCUGUGCUACCGGUGCUGAGAAACUGAAUAAACAAGAAAGGAAAGAUCAAGAUUUUGAUAUUUAUCAUCCAUACGCCACCAUCGCUGAGAAACCAGCUGUACCAGUCUCACAGGACAUGACCUACAGCAUGCUGCAGGCACAUUGAUGAUGCUUAUUAUUUUAUUUUCAGUAAUGGAACCAAAUGCCCACUGUCACUCUGUCAGUACUGGAAAUGUUUUUUGUCCCUUGAACAAACUGUAUUCUGCAGAAGCUGCAAGUUAAGAUUGAAACCGUGUUUUUGUUCUAAUCAAUGUUAGCACAACAUUUUGUAAUUGGAUAUAUUCUGCCUGGUUAAUGUCAAAUUGCUAUCUGUGUUUGGCUCAAAAUUUUUGCACAGCAUUUUUCCUGAAACUAUUUUUUUUGCAUAUAGUGUAUCCAAGUAAUGACCCUUUUCCACUUUUGUAUUUUAUUCUAUGAAAUAUUUGUUAGACACUGGCAGGAGGCUGCUUUUGUAUCUGGGUUAGGAACAGUAGGGGUUACUUUUUUGUUUUUGUUGCUUUUGCUUUGACCAGAGCUGAGGGCCUAAAGUGGCCGUAGCUGGGCUGUAACGGUGGAGACUUUCUCUUCAGUGGUUAGUGGUUGUCAGUGCAGCCCUGGUUUGAACUGCACUGUAGUAACAGUGUGUGUAAAACUGAGAUGUACAUUCGAGGUAAAGUAAUUCCCUGGACCUCUGCUUACAGGAAAACCACAACACCAAACUGGGAUUCAAACAUGUGUGAAUAUUUUUAAAAUGAAUAUUA